CUGCAGUUACUGUUUGAGUGGUAGACCUGUUGGACAGUGCUACAUGUUGAAACGCGUGUAGUAAGGUAUUUAGUGAGUUACGGGCAGGACCACUGGAUCGACUGUUGAAGCAAGUUAACACCCUCCUGGACCGAACAUUGAUCUGUUAUUUCCUCUUAUUUGUAUUCUUCAGGAUGAUAUCAGCAGGUGAUCCACAACUAUCAGUCGUUUUGUCAGGAUACGGCGGCUAUGAGUGUCUUAAGGUGAUGCCAUGGCCAACCCGAUUGCUGGGCAAGGGUGAUGUGCAGGUGGCCGUGGUGGUAUGCGGGAUGAAUUUUGCGGACCUUUAUACCCGCCAAGGGUUGUUGCAUGAGAGAAAGCCCCCAUUCGUGCUGGGCAUGGAGUGCGCUGGGAAAGUGACUGCUGUGGGCGACAGUGUGACGCACAUCAAUGUGGGGGACCGUGUUCUGUGCUACCAGUACACUGGAGAUCUGUAUCGGGAGCACGUGGUAGUGUCUGCCUCGAACUGCUUCGUGCUGCCAUCUGGAAUGAGCUAUGAACAUGGUGCAGCACUUGCAGCCAACUACUUGACCGCGUACUUCUGCGUACUGGACAUCGGUCACUUGCGCGAUGGGCAGAGUAUCCUCAUACCGUCUUGCGCAGGUGGAGUGGGAUGGGCAGCCACUCAGCUUGCCCGCUCAGUAGGGACCGUCACUAUCUUUGGUACGUGUUCCCCAGGAAAGCGCGAUGCAGUGCAAAAGAAUGGUGUCACACAUCCACUGAACCACGAUAACUAUGAUCAGGAGCUGCUUAAACACAGCCCCGAUGGCGUGGACGUAGUGAUCGACAGCGUGGCAGGGAGUGCCUUCAGCACAAGUCAGCGUCUGCUUAAACCUCUGGGACGAGCUGUGCUUAUUGGCUCAAGCAGCGUGGUGACAGGCAGCAAGAAGAUUGGGAUGUGGAACUUUCUGCGAAUGUGGUGGGACACCAAGGGCAUCAGCGCUACAGACCUCAUCAUGCACAACCGUGUGGUGGCGGGUCUGCACCUCGGAUUGCUGAUGGAGCGGGAGCCCGACCGCAUUCGAGAAGCUAUGGAUCACUUGUUCCAGCUGUACGAAGAGGGGAAAAUCAAACCUUACAUCGACUCCACAUGGCCACUUGAUAAGGUGGUAGACGCCACCAAGGUCCUGGCCGAACGAAAAAAUGUGGGUAAGGUUCUGUUGACAAUCGAGAGAACAGACUCUAGCGAGCUCUGAAGCAUCACACUCCAUACAUUUGAAUAAUUAAUUUUUUCAUACUGAUUUUAGAAUCAUCAAGAAAUAUAAAUAUACAUUUAUACAUUUGUACUGAAAAGACAAAUUUAAAAAUAAACUUUGAUUAUAAUGUC